GUUGCACGUCUGUAAUAUUGCACACAGAUUGCACUUGUGCCGCCUGGCAUCGUGGCACAGCCUUGCACCUCGUACAGUAUGGAAGAAAACGUUCCUCGAUAUAGACGUCUGUCAAACACAAAUAAACAACAGAACACAAUCAGAAGCAUGAUGAGAGCGGGGGUCCUGUGGAUGCUGAUGGUGUGUCUGAGUGAUGGAAAAGACCCCACAUGCUCAGUUCUGACGAGCCUCACAGUUUCAAAACUCACUAAAGUUAACGUCUCCUGUCCAUCGACGACGAGAACAGAAACAAACUACCAGCUCUUCUUCAAUGACAGCUCCUUCGGACGAAUAAAUAUGAAAAAGGAGUCUGGUCCUGCAGACAUGCUGUUCUCGGGUCAGUUUGAAGUGACGGCCAACAGCAGUGGAGAGUUUCUCUGCAGGAGUGAGGAGAGUUGGCCCCCCCCCAACACAGUUGACUGUCACGCCACUGAAGUCAUCGUGGCAGAAUUUCAGUCUUUGCCUGAAAUCAAUGGCUCUGUUCCAGCAGCCAAUCAGAGCUGUCCGUUCAGGUCUCCAUUGAUCCCAGAGGAGGUGAUUUGGGCGGGAUGUGGAGUUUUAUUGGUCUACAGCGUGUCAAUCACCUGCAUUGCCAUUGUCUUAUGGAGAAACAUGAGGAGAAAUGAGGAGGAUUCAAACGAUUACAUGAACGCCAGACCUGGAGAGUUCAGGAAACCUGGCUAAGUUCAACAACAGCGUGUGGCAAUCAUAAGGACAAACCAUGGCUAUUAAAGCUAGUAUUGUAGUGGUAUAUAUAAAUAAAAUCCAUAUUUAUUUCACAGUUAUGUUGUAUAGUGUAUUUCUUUAAAGCUCACCUAUUAUACUGUUUCUCAUCAAUA